UGUCAACUUGUAAGAGUAAAUUGGAGCAGCAGGGAAAGAUGAGGGCCUCGGCCGGAGACACUGCUGGCGUCGUUGCGGAACUUUAAUUGUAAAAAGUUUAAGCCUCAUUCGAAAGCGCUUUUAAAAGCACUAUUCACUAACUUUUGAUAGUCGUUGUUUUAAUUGACAGCAUGUUCCCGUGUUCUAGCAGGGUGAAACUAAACCGAGUCGCGUUAAAAGACGUUGUUGGGCUGAAAGCGGCGGCGGCGCCGCGGCGCAGACGGGUCCCGACGUCGUUGAACACCGCUACAGCUGACCCCCAAACCCAAGAGGAAAACCUGCUAGUUUCUGAACCGGUGUCAGUGGAAGACACCGCCUCCGUCUCUAGCAACAGUGCACCCGUCCAAACUUUGUUAACAGACCAAACGGGCCCGGCGGACACACUGACCUGUAACAUCCCUGACGAAGAGCCGGUGGAGAAGUGCACUUGUGCGCAGAAGGAAAAGAGGAGCAGUAACAUUGAGUCAUGCAAAGACGUUGAUAGAAACACUCACCCGAGCCCCACUGGACUUGCUGGUUCAGAAGGGUCUUUGAGAAGAGAUUUCAAAGUCUUCGGCUGUGGUGACUGUAAAUUUCUUGCUGUCCAGCGGAAGAGGUUGGGUAAGCAAGAGCAAAAGAGCAGUAGCCCGGUGCCAGGGCAGCCUGUGAUUGAGGUACAUCUCAAGGAAGCGAAAAAAGUUGCUGAGUCCUCUCAGAAGAUUGUCAUUCGGAUAGGCAAGUACCCGCAGGUGACGCUAUGUGACAUAGCCCAAAAAUGUGAUGCCUUGAGCCACGAUUGCGGCUUUGUGUUACCGGAUGUUCUCAAGACCAAAGUUGUGCGUUGCUUCAAGGACAUGAGAGCUGUAUUUCAGUUUGGGCCCGGUUGUUUAGGGCAUAACAAACAUGAAAACGAGGAAGGUGCUCUGGCGAGAAAAAAAGAGUCUUGUGCCAGGUUUCAGUCUGAGAGGAGCGUCUGUCUGUCUCAGAGUCUGGCUGAACACCAGAGACACCUGAAAGAACACACAGAUCCACAGGCGUUAUCCAGUCAUACCACAUGUCGUUUCCUCAAGAGCUGGACAAGUGAAGGUUCUGCAACCUGUUCUGCUUCUUUCUUACUAGGCAAACGUGCAAAAAGUGGAGAUUGCAGGGCUGGCAUGUGGGACAGAGGUGAUGGGGAGGAUCCAGGGCCAGGAUCUCACCUCAUGGGAGCUGAGAUCCGCACAGGCAAAAGAAUAAAGCUUUGGGCGAGUGUACAAGAUGGGAUUUUUUCAACCACCCCAGAUUUAAAAAGCACUGAUUGCAAAAAUCCAGCAAAAACUGACUCCAGAGACAAUGAGAAAACUUUCUUUUGGACAUCUGAUGAAAGUCAGUCCUGUUCAGAGUGUGCAGUUGGCGGCGACAGCACCUUUGGUUCAGCUGUGGAAGAAAACUGUGUCCACAAGAAACCUUGUGGUGAGAAAGAAUCUGACGCAGCACAGAUGUCAUCGGAGCUAUUCUGUGAGAGGAAUGAGGUGGAUAGGGAUGAACCUGAGUCUCUCACCUGCCAGAGAGUGAGAGUUUAUUCCAGAAAAAAUAUUUUUUCGUGUGCACGCACAUAUAUGUCCUGGCCCUUCUCUAACAGUGGCCGGACCCCUAAAACAAAUGCUGGUACCACAGCAUGUGCAGCAGAGCAUGUAGAUCCAUCAGAUAACACUGACUGUCAAAUAAACCAAAAGCUGGAACGUUUACCCAGCAGCCAAACCAAUGAAACACUCCCAAAUGAACCUAGAGACUCCUCUUCAGACUCCACUUAUCAGGCUUCUCAUCUGAAUGAGAAGCUAGAAGAGGAUGGAGAAAGCAUUUCAACAGAGAGAAAUCGAAAAAGGCAUAGAAAUAUGUCUUCACACUGUUCAGAUAACACAAACACAGAGUUUGCGCCUCACCUAAUGGAGCCUGACAAAUCACUAGCUGGUCUUCCCUCAGAUACAGCUACCCUAUCAAGGCCAAGUUGGCAUGGAAAAGAGCCUGGCACUGAAGCAGCCUCGGCCUCAUCUUUGCCAGCUAAUGGACCUCAAACCGACAGCUCCACCUCUGCCCCGUCCCCCUCAGCACUCUUCCCGAGUGACUGGGAAACUGCUACCAGUUUGUCUUCCAUGUCAUCUCCGUUCACGCAGGGUGGUUUGAGCAGCCCCUCAGCCACAGCGUCCUCUCUCCCGCCUUCAUUGUUCCUUCUGAGCAAAGUCAAAAGUGUUGGCUUGUCUGAUUCUUCUUUAACCAAAGCGGUAGAAAAGACAUUGUUCUACUGUGAAGAAACCAGAAUGACAUGCAUUUCUUCAUCCAGUCCUUCUCUGCACAACUCUGAAAUUUUUAGUUCAGGUGAAUCCUCCCUCCUCCUGCCCCAGGAUGAGCAAGAUGGCAAUGAAGCACCUUUCAGAGAGAGGUGCCCACCCAAGCUGGAGCCAUAUUACAAAACAAGCCCCAUCAACUAUGAUCUUCUUGAGCGAGAGCGCUUGUCGCACAGUGUUCUCACAGGAGAGUCUGUAGAUGCUGAGUUUAUGCUUCCAAUAAUGCUCUCUCCUGUCACUUCACCACAAGGGCACUCAUGGACAAGCUUCCUGCCCCAGAGCCCAGGCUGUCAAGAUGAAGAGGAGGAGGAAGUAAAAAAAGGCACCUGCAAAAUAUCACCUGGAUGUCAGAUGCCACAAAUUGUUAACAUCAAUAAUGAAAACGGCAAAGAUUUUCUUGAACCUGAUUUCGAAGAUUUGGAAGGAGUCUCAGUGAAUUUCAAACCUUGGACUCCUCUAAGCGAACCCCAGGCUUCUCCUAGCACCAGUGAAGAGAAUGAUUGUAGUGGAGAGGAAAGCCAGGAUCAAACUGACUGCGAAGAUGAUGUGGAACAGGGAUACAAAAAAUCUGACCAACUUUCCUCGGACCUAUUUAAAAUAAAGGCAACCUUUACCUCAGGCGAUCUGACAGAAUCCUGCUCGUCUACCAGCAGUGAUGAAGAGGAUCGUGUAACCUUCAGUCAUGAGGAAGAGCCAUGUUCUACUCAAGACGAGGGUUCAAGUCCAUCUGAAAUCUGCAGUGAGAGGGAUCAGAAUGAAACAGCUGGCGAUACUCAGCAGGCCAUUUUGGAUGAGUUCACAGCUUACAAGCACGAUAUCCUGCUUGUCGAUGUGAUUCCAGAAGACCCAGACCUGUUUAAAAACCUGCCCCAGAAAAGUGUACUGAAACUGGGCCCUGCCAGGGUUACUCCGGCCCCUAGAAACGGACCCGUUGCAGUAGGGACAAUGCUGCUGCCAAGGACGGAUGGAGCACAGUUUGAACAAAGAUUGACCCCAGUUAGUAUUGAUUUUCACUGCGAAAGCCCUGAUAUCACAGAGGAGAACAACAACAGGCCCUGGAGACCUAAGUGUAGAAACACACCUUCCAAAACCCAAAACAGCACAUGGUCCGCCACAGAAAAGCAAACCGAAAAAACGGGUCAGCCUGAUGCCAACAACAAUCAUGAAAGCGAAGGCCAGGAAAGGAGCCGUUCCAUCCAGACUGUGAACUCCCUGCACAGUCACAUCCCUCCACUUAUGAGCGUCAAAAAUGGGCCAUGGAUCACAAACCCAGCAAACGUGGCUGACUUUAGGCGCCAGAAAUGUAAUACUUACUGCAGGCAGUACUUCAGUGAGUCGCUGUCCUGUGGGUUCAAGAUGUGUCGCUUCCAGCAUGUGCCUGUGGAGGGGGACGAGAAGUUCUGCAUUGAAACUGUGUCACGGUUCAUCAAAAAUCCAAUGUGCCUUCAAAAAGCAGGAGCUGUGUUUACUGGCUACUACAACAGCAACCCACCAGGAGUGUAUUUCUCCAUGCCGGUGCUUCUGAAUCUCCUCUGGGCUCUGCUCAAAGCCAGCAUGGUGUCUGAGGUCUUCUCAGUCCUCAGCGUCAGCUUGGCCCACAAGAUAGUGCCUGGCCAUGAGUUCCUGUUGGCUCUCUUCAACUUUGUGAGAGAAAAAGGUCUUGUUGGUUUUGUGCCUGAACUCAUACAGCUCACAUACAAGAUGGCCAGUGCUGGCCUCGUGCUGAGCUUGGAUUGUCUUGACUGUGUAAAAAACACUCCUGAGGUCCAGCAGACUGUCUCUCCAAACUCGAUGUCUGGCAACCACAAGUUAUCCACCGGUGCUCCCUUUCCAGAGUACCUGAAUUUGGCCCAUGCCAUUGUGGAAAUAGAGCUUUGUUCAAAGCAAGAGGACUGGAGGCGGAUGGGGGAGGUCUUCAAGUCCAACUGUCCAUCCAGCCAGCAUCUCACCCACAUGGAGAAAAUCAGUGGUCGUAUCGCUAUAGCGCUGCUGUCUGAGAGCAAAGACAAGCUGUCACUGCCGUUUGGCACCUUCGCUGAAACAGUGUGUCAGAAUGAAGGGGAAGACAGCCUGGUCAAGAGUUUUUUAGGCAGAAUUGGAGUCUCUCUCAUGUUAAGAUACCACAAAACACAUCAGUGGGCUAAGGGUCGGAGGGUGGUGGAGGUGCUGUCCACUUCCAAAGUCAACUACACCACACUGAAGGGUUUAUUUGGGAAUGAGAAUGGAGCGUCCCGCUGCUACCUGCUCACUGUGGCUACAGAGCUCUUCCUCCUCAGUGGCAGUGUUGAGGGAGCUCUAAACACACUCCGAGAAAACCAAUGGUUUCUGAGUUCGAGCUCAUGGCCCUGUGAGCCCGCUGACCUGGAGAGUAGGACUCGUGUGUUGAUGCGUCUGGCUGAGAAAACAUCUCACAGAGACGCGCUGGACAUUCUCUGUAACCUCCCUGGACUCAAAGAGCCGAAUGACCUGAUCGAUAUCUCCAGGUACUGCCCUCUGUUUAACUCUCAUCUGCAAGUGUGUUUGGACAGACAGAAACUACCUGUAGCCUCGGACACAGUGGAUUUCAUGCUCUGUAAAAACCUGGCAAUUGACCACGCUAUGCUGCAGAUACUUCUACACAAACUGGCCAAGCAAAACCUCUGGCUCCGAGCACGAGAAGUCUUCAGGCACUCUCUGAGCAUGGGGUACUACCCGGCUGUGUCAGCUCCCCCUGGUUUCAUGGCUCUGAUCGUCCCCUGUGAACUGGGGGAGGUGGAGCUGGCUCUCACCUUAGAGAUGUUAAUCACCGUCAAUGCAACAGUUCUUCAUCUCUUGGAGACGACCCCUUGCUGCCUCAGCAUCACUCUCAAAAGGACUCAAAGUUGCGAGAGUGAGUACCUGUCAGCUGGAAGCCGCCUCCUCUCUGCAGCUUGUAUCCCUCAGCCUAAACUACUCAUUCACUACAAAGCAGUAAACUCCUCACAGGAGCAAGUGUUCAACCUCGACAUUUCCUCCGCUCGGUGCUGGCUUCGACACAAUCAUUUGUGGGCCAAUGAGGUGUGGGCACACUGAACCCAAACUGCAGUCCCACAGAUACAUCACUUUUUCCCUUUGAAUUUGCUUAUGAUCCAGACUCUGAAAACAUCCAAUGAAAUCAGGAAAAAACUAAUGCAUGUGCAUCUCUGUUGGCUGUUGGCUCAUAAUUCCGUUUUUUGACUAAGGCAGACAACAUCACAACCAAAAACUAAUGCCUGAACUUUCAUUUUUUGCAAAGCUGACAAUUUAUUUAUGUUCAAAUUUGUUUUAAGAUAUGUUGAAGGAUUUUUAUGUUAAUUCCUUGUUGUUUGCUGAGGAGUUCUUUUAGCUGUUUGGUCUUUGAUUAAUGUCACUCAGUGUUUGUGUGAUUUACUGUUUACUGAAAAAUUAGUCUGUUGAGGAAUGAAGUCCAGCAUCAUUUUGUCAGGUUAGUAGAUUUGGUUUAAAACAAAUAUGUAAAUAACUUCUGAGUGUAUAUAGGUAAAUAUUUAUGAAGGUGUUUAGUCUCUGACAGUAUUAUGUUACGGUAUUACAUUAAUAAUUGUCAAAACCUCAAUUGUUGCUGGUCUAGCAGCUGUGAUUUACAUUUUCUUUGUAUGAAGUUUUUAUAUAUAUAAAAAAAGAAAAGUUGUUCUGCUCCAAAAAGUUUGAGUCUGUAGUGUUUCUUCACAAAUGGAAAAAUAAAUCCUGAAGCGAAGGUUUUCUGGAAUUAAUUUGUGGUUAAAAUACAUUACCAUUGUUUUGUGA